AUCGUGAUCCAUGAUAGAUACAUAUAUGAAAUGCACAGUUUACCGGGAAGUGCUCGGUUUAAGAGUACCACUACAGGACGAGCUGAUUCCACACAGAAGCCCUCUCAGACCGGGGAGGAAAUAUCCGAAAGGAAAGAGGAAAUAGCAAAGAAGGAAAGUCAGCAAAAACGUCUCUACUUUUACCAGAGCGAGCUUCAAAACAUGGCCCGAGAAUUACCGGGUAAAUAUCAACAACGACUCCCAUAUGAUCUGCUAUCUGGUCUGGCCAGUUCCCUGCUGGAUGGUACCGUAUUUGAAAUCGUCCGCAGUCUACAGGAAGUUCAGCAGUUAGAGGAGAGACAUCUUCACACACAGCGAGUCAAACUCAUCAAUGAUCACAAAGCACAGAGACAUGAACUGCAAAAGAGACACAAAGAAUUACUACAGAGUUGUCAGAUGAAGCCCCACAAUUUACCCAUCGUGGAGGCUCAAAUUGAGAGAGAAAAGGAGACAAUGGAGAAGAGAUGUGAAGAAGAGGUUAAAAAGAAGGACAUGAAGAUAAUCAUGGAGCUGGAUCAGAAGGUUAUGGAUCAGCAGGUCAUGUUAGAGAAGGCGGGAGUGCCAGGGUUCUAUGUCACCAACAAGAGCAUUGAUGUAAGAUUACAGAUGUAUCUACUGGAGUUUAUCACCAGAAUGGGACAUAUGCAGCCACCUUGAAGCAGGGCAUUAGGUGGUUUUGUUUUGUUUAAGUUCAAGAAAUCUUUUCAUAAAUUUAGAAUCUGAAGAUUGAUGAAUUAUGAGUUACAGAAAAAUCAAAGGUUGCUACAACAUACAUGGAACAUUAAUCCAUAAAAACAUCCUUGAUGAUCUUUUUUGAGCAAGAAAUAUAUAAGUUCACCUUAGCCAAGGGCUUAAGUGAGGUUAUUUGAUCAAAAUUUGAAGCUGUCAUCUCUCUGCUUUUCACAUCUUGACCUGUUGUACAGAAACCACUUUGCCAAUUUCAAGCAAAAUAGCAUAAAGAUCCUAGGGGAAGUGGAUUCAAGUUUCUACAAGUGGAGAGAAAUUCAUCUUCCAAGUUUAAAUGCUCAACGAAUAGUGAAAUUAUGAUGGCGUCAUUUAAAAUUCUCAAGAACCACUGAGCCAGAAGUGAAAAAUAACAUGUGAAAGCUUCCUCAUAUAAUGAAGAAAUUAUAGACCUUGAGGUGUUGGCUAAGCUAAGAUGACAAUUGGGAUUUACAAAACUUUAUAAGAAAACAGAGGACAGAAUCUUUUAUCAAGCACAACUUGGCUACAUUUUCUCAUAUUGUUAUGCAAGCUUAGAUUAUUCAAGUUGUUGUCCUUGAGGCAAUGGGAAAUAGACAUUUUAUAUGGGAAUAAAUAGGAAUAAAAUAGAACACAAGUUCAGGUGAGUGUUGUGGCACAUGGGCUUUUUGUUUAGACAGUACUUAAUUCAAAGAAAUCAAUUCAUCUAAAGUGAAAAUAAUUUUCAAGCUUUUAUUUUGACCAUUUGAAAAAUAGAUGAUCAAGAAUGGUGUAAUCAGCUAGGAUUUGUUUGUUUUGUCAUUAAUUUUCUAAUCUAGAUUGUGGAAUGGAGUGCUAGGUUUGUGAUAUAUUACUUCAUAAUGUGACACACUGUCUAUGUUGUAUCUACAUGUACAUGUUAUCUAGUCAAAUGAAAUUUUCAAAAAUAUAAUUUUAUUUUUUGUACAACAUAUGUGGAAAAUGUUUUGAUAGCUAUGCUUGGAUUAAAACAUGGAAACUUUUAAUUAAGUAAAUUAAGAACUUGGUAUAAGCUGAUGCUUAUCGUGUAUUGUAUCUAAAUGUGCGUGUGUUCAGCAACAACUCUUUGUAUUCCUGUUGUCUCAGUUGUUAUUUGAAAGGAUGUUAAAUGAACUUUAUUCUCUAUCAAUUUAUAUUGAAUCUCAGACUGCCUGUGUACAUGUAUUUCUUUUAUCAAAAUGAAGGCAAUAAAUGUCAGAAAUAUUUUUUAAUCUAAAUGAAUGAAUUUUACCAAUCGAGUAGAAACAUUAGGUAUGAGAUGAAGUACAUGAAGAAAAAAAAACCCAUCGUAAUAAAUGUCUACACAAGCAUUAAACUAACUACAUUUAUAUAUAUGUAGUAAAAUUUAUGUACAUUUCAAUUCUACACAGUCAUAUAAAAUUGAUAUGAAAAUUGAAUGCUUUAUUAAAUAAAGAAAAGAAAACACAGAA